AUGUCAAUUGUGUCCCUCCUCAUAGGUCAGUGUGGAAAUCAAGUUGGUUUGGAGUUUUUUAAAACCAUUUAUAAUGAUAAUUAUGAUGGUUGCAAUGGACAAGCGAUCCGCUGGAACGAUGAAUUUGCAAAUGAGUCAAUGGAAACUUUUUUUAAUGUGAAAGGCGAAGGUGUAAAGCCAGAGGCCAGAUGUGUUCAGGUGGACAUGGAGGAAAAGGUAAUUCGACAGAUAAACGCAGAAACAAGUGGUCUCAGUGCUUGGCGAUAUCCUCAAAACUCAUUCUUUGCGCAAAGGGGUUCAGGAAACAAUUGGGCUUUGGGUUAUCUUCUGAACGGCCCGUCAUGCGUAGAGGUUGUUGACGACAUUUUGGCGGCAGAACUAGAGAAAUGUGAUUCGGUUGAUGGUCUUAUAACUACAAUGAGUCUCGCCGGUGGUACGGGAUCUGGGGUUGGCACUUAUCUCCUUCGCCACAUAGGCGACAUGUGUCCGAAGGUGCCGGUGCUGGCACAGCUGGUGCUGCCGUAUCGACGAGGUGAAGUGGCGACCCAGGCCUACAACGCAGUGCUGAGUUUGGGUCACCUGCUAUGCGCAAGCCCCGGUGAGGCGCCCUGUGGCCUCUUGCUCCACGAGAACGAUCUCCUCCACCGCGCCUGUGCUAAUCGCCUCAUUCACCACUAUCGUCAUCAAACCCAUAGAUUCGUCGGUCCUCUCGACCAGGUGCCCCUUGUGGAACUUAAUCGUCUCAUGGCACAUCUUCUCGGCGGUGUGCUUCAGCCCUACAUAGGGCCAUCUCGUGGCUAUACGCUAUGUCGUCGUCGUUUGUCCCAUCUUCUGUUUGAUUUGGCUGGUCCCGCGGACUAUCGGCUCUACCGGUUGCACUGCCUGCCGUAUCAUCCAAGCAGUGAGGCUAGACACUUCGCCACCGAGACCUGGCCACAGCUUUUGCGCCAUACCAGGCAACUCCUCCUUACAGGAGCUUGCCUCGAGGACAAAAUGAACUGGUGUGUCUCACUCGACAACCUGCGCGGCCACCGUCGACAGCCACUGCUGGCCUGUACAGGCGUGGCGCGCGGCACUGGAGCAGGUGAGGUAUUGUGGUCGGAACUCACUGCGGGUCUUGACGUGGAGGGUGUCAUGCGGCCCUGGCGAGUCAACGCGUCACUUCCAAUGGGCGUGUGUACUCGGGCCUUCAACGGCCACCUCCGCGGUGUUUUCUUGGCUACUAACGGUGGUGGUUUGGUCGCGAAAGAUGACCGCACAGACGGUGGGGCGAGUACCGAUGUCUGUGCACCGCUCCGACUGCUCCGUUCUCGAGCCUGGCGUCUCUUUACCUCCUCCGCCUACCUCCACCAAUACUCCCAGUUUGGUAUGGAGGACCCUCGAGCCUCUCUCCUUGACGCCUUCGCCGUGGUUGAACAGACCAUUUAUUUGUAUUCCCAACUUACCACUUCCUAA